AUGUUUCUCAACAGCUCCAUAAGGAGAACUUCGAUAAAUGGCCUGGGUGUGUGCUCUCGCUGGAUACAUCAGUCAUUCCAGCGAGAUGCUGUUUCAGAAUCGAACGUUAUCACCUCGGUAAAGAAACAGAACUUGAAGAGGAACCCUAAAUCUAACCGAUCCAUAAGAAGGAAUAGAUACAAUGACCUCAGAGUUCAGGUUGAAAGGGAUGUUAUAGAAAGUUUAGAGAAGAACAAGAAGAGUUCCCUGAAAAGUCCGCAUGAUAAGUACAAUAGGCUGAAGAUCAAAUUCGACCCAAGAUUUGAGGGCUCGUUUAAAGACUUUGGAAUAUCUUCAAGAUUGGAUCGACAAUUGCAUGAAAAAUUAGAUAUCAGCCGGCCUACAGAUAACCAGAGACGGAUUUUGUCUAUUUUAUGCUCAGGUAUAUCAGUGCUUGCGGUUGCAUCGCAAAGGUCGGGGAGUAGCACUUGCCUUCUAUUGUAUGCUCUUUCAAUACGAGGACGAUCACUGUUGCUAGCACCAACUACUCUUGCAUUAUUACAAUUACAAAAAUUAUGUCACUCAUUGGAAGUUCAAGACGUUGCAUUCUUGUAUAGAAGUUCAGAGGAGGAUGAGCUAAAUCAGGAGAAACAGUUGGAUUUGAAAACUCCGCAGGUAAUGGUGGCCACACCUCAAAGAAUGCUAGAUCUGAUCAGUAAAAAUAAUUCAGACCCUUUGUACAUGAGGUUGCACGAGCUCAAAUUUCUUGGUGUCGAUGAUGCUGAUAUCCAGCUUUUGAAUGAUAAUAAAAAAGUCGUUCAUGAAAGACCUGCGCAAAUCUUGAUCAAUUAUAUCAUGAAGUUAAAAGAGACUAUCAGCUCAACAAAAAAUAUCCAGCCAUUGCAGUUUGGAUUCAUUGAAACACUAGAUAUUAGCAAUAAACUGCUGAACAUGAUUGAAGAAAACAAAUGGAACGUUUCCAGAACCCUAUUGCCCAUUGGGCUACUCGCUAAAGGCGAUGUCUUGGCCAGGGCCCGGAUCAACCAAUCUGCUAGAUUAUCGAUUGUCAUUGGUGAUAGCAGAAAGGUCUUGGACUUUAAACUUCCUCCGUUAUCUACUGGAAUGGAAGUUUUGUCAAAGAUUAGGUCACCUAUUGGAAAAGAAUUCGAUGAGAAUGCAAAGAAACACCUUACCACACAGCUACAAAAAGAUAAAACCCUUUCACAACUCAUCUCAGAUGAAAUAUUAGAUGCUUUGCCAACUGUAUCUGCAAAACUGAGGAAGAAAAAGUCUCUUCUGAUAUGUCCAGAUUCCAUUACGAUCCGAACUAUAAUGGAACAGUUAACAAAACUUGGGUAUUCUUCUAAACAGUUAAGCUCAUCCACAGCUAAUUUUUUCAACGAUGAAAAUGAACAGAGUCAGUUUCUCGUAUCCACGCCUUCUCAACUUCCCGGUUUGAACUUGGAGGGCCUAGCAUCUGUCAUCUGUUUGGGCUUACAUGCAUUGAAGGACGCCAAAACUUUAGUUUUAAUUGCAGGAAAAUCCCAAUCCCCUCGUGUGACGUUGAUUCUUUCAAAAUCAAAAACCACCCUGGUUGAGCGAUUCAUGAUUGAAAGAAUACUUUUGAAGAGUGGAGUGGCUAGUCUAACGCCAUUAAUCGGCGAGACAGAUAAUUAUGACGAAAAAGCUUACCAAGUAUUAUUCUCUGAUAUCCACGGAGAAACUUCCUCAUAA